GCCGAUAAGCUUCCGAUUGGGCCGUUCCGGCAAGAAAGUUGAGUGUAAACUUGACCUGUAGGCUAUAUUUCUUGUGGUGGGCAUGAAGUCACAACAAAGUCAUAAAGUCAACAACUUUCCACACGGUCUCUGCGGAGGAGAGAGCGCACGCUGUUUAGGUCCACACGGCACCCAGCCCCUCAUCUGGAAACUCCGGGGAUGAUAUCACCGAGGAGCAAGAGGAGGGGAGAGAGAGAGCCUGCUUGUGAAAAGGUGGAAAGUGAAAGUAAGUCUGCUAUAAUGUGAAGAGGCUACCGCACCCUCGGAUCACUGCAGACCAACAGCCAGCCAGAACUACAGCACGUGUGAGUCUGGGCAUUCACCGUGGCAGCAUGACAUCAUGGUGGUAUGAGACCAACUGGCUUCUACUGGUGUUCCUGAGCACAAUUGACCUUUCAAAGGAGGGUUGCCUGGACUAUGUAGAAGUGGAUAAAGCAUGGCAAAAAAAUCAGCCAAACGUCACACUCUUAGCAACGAUGAAUUCCAAGGACAUAAUUGAAUGUUCUGUACAGAAAAUGUGCUUCAACAAUGUUAUCAAAACAUGUGACAUACUGACUUGCUUAAACAGACCAGAUUUUAAUGGAACGAUAAAGAAUGAAAACUGUGUAGAGACAAAUGACACUAUCGAUAUCCAUCACUUCAACUGCUUGCUGGCCAAAGCUAUAGAUUCCAAUUACACUCUUAAAGGCUGCGAAUAUGAAACCGUAUGCAAGCUCUAUCUAGAAACACCGUCAACUGAUCAAACACCAUUAGCAACAACAUCAGCAACAGUGCCAACAACAUCAAGAAAAUUGGCAGCAACAUCAACACCACUGGCAACAACAUUAACAGUGUCAACAACAUUAGCAACAACAUCAGCAACAGUGCCAACAACAUCAAGAAAAUUGGCAGCAACAUCAACACCACUGGCAACAAUAUCAACAAAAGUGUCAACACCAUUAGCAACAACAUCGGCAACAGUGCCAACAACAUCAAGAAAAUUGGCAGCAACAUCAACACCACUGGCAACAAUAUCAACAAAAGUGUCAACACUAUUAGCAACAACAUCAACAUCAGCAACAACAUCAACAACAGUGUCAACACCAUUAGCAACAGCGUCAACAACAUCAACAACAUCGGCAACAACAUCAGCAACAACAUCAACAUCAGCAACAACAUCAACAUCAGCAACAACAUCAACAACAUCAGCAACAACAUCAACAAAAGUGUCAACAUCAACACCAUUGGCAAAAACACUGCCAGAGAAGACAUCAACAGCAACACACAGACCACAGAGCAUAAAAAGCACAAUCCAUGACAAAAUGUGUAGUGAAGUAGUGAAAAUAGUGGAGCAACUAAAACAAGAGAAAGGGAAUCUUCAGAUAUUAUUAAUAAUGUCCAUGAUCUGCAACGUAGUCUUGCCUGUGGUGGUUUACCUGUACAUGCGACAACACAGGAUGCGGGACUGGAGCCUGCAGAAUGUGCUUAAUGGAGGCUUACAAGUCGCUCAGCCAAUGUCUGAGCUGGAGUGUCUCUCCAACGGGACAUAUUCCCCUGAUAUACCUAUGAAGAACUGUUCUCUUGAAGAUGGAACGCUGUAGAACCCUACUCGCCUCACCAUCAGGAUGCCAGAGGGAUCAGCUCUUCACUGCUUCUUAACAGGACAGGACAGCUGAAUGACUGUGGUUUGCAAAUACCGCAGGGCCCACAUUAGGGCAGUUAAACUCGCUGAAGUUUUACCAGAUGUGAAGAGGAGUGUGAGUGAACGAGCUGCAGCAUACAAGUCCCAUCUGCUGUCUAAAACCUCUAAUCAAGAUCAAGCAACACGACAAGUCAAGUCCAUGAAGAGACUUCUGUUGCUCCUGUGACAUGUAUGUUUCUUUCCACUGUCCUGGAGCUGACCAAACAGAAACCACCUCCACUUCUUUAAUUAGCAGGCAGUUAAGCUUUAGUUUAAUAGACAGGUAAUGACGCAAGAUUGUUUGGCUGUGUGUUUGUAAAUUUGUAAAAUAUGCCAGCCGUUGAGCCUUUACUGGGGUUAUGUUGUUGUAUUUGGGGCACUGAAAAGAAAUAUGAUGUAAUAUUCAGGCAUCAACACUGGCAUUACCAACCUGACUGGCUACCUAUGUAUAUUUCACAAUAUUAGGGGAGUGUGUAAAUUUACAUGCAGUGUUUCUGUGUCAAUACUCCACUAUACAGUUUUAUACAUACAUAAGUUAUGAAUCAAAAACACGUCUGUUUACUCACUUGCUUUUUCACCUGGGACUAACCUUUUUCUCCAUAACUCUUUCAAUCCAGUCCAGUUCACAAAAGUAUGCCUGGAGAGGAAACAUAAGGCUUUUUAGCUUCAUAAACCACCUCCAGUUCCACCUCAAGAAUUUAAACAUGAGUUAGAAAAAUGUUGACGGUAUGUCCUUAUACAGAGCAGCACAUUGUGCUCUCUAGCAGUAUUGCUGCAUUGGCAGCUCACUUUCUAUGUUUUCAUUGCAGACACAGAGUUUUGAUUGUGAUAAAUAUAGUAAAUGGUCUGUACUUGUUUUUCUAGUCUAGUCUUCCAACCACUCAAAGCCUUUUUAUACCCAUUCACACACAUUCAUAUACUGAUGGUGCCAACUGCUCAUCAGAAACAGACAUUAACACUGGCACCCCAACUGCAUAGCCAUGGGAAGCAAUUCUCUAGUACUAAAAUGUUAUGACACAGCACAUUGCACAAUAUUACAACCAGUUCCUCAAAAGCUGUGAAAUGAUGCUGUAUGAUGUGAAAUUAUCAUUCUGGAAAGGUUCUCCCACAGACUAAAUAUUGGAUCCACUUAUAUACACACAUACUCUCUUUGAACAUGUUGGCUGACAAAUGACCCUGAAACAUGUACAAUCUAAUGCAAUUUAUGCAGGAUUUUUUGCACUUGUUUAUUGCUUAGUGUUUAAUAAUAUUGUACAGUAUGAAUGUAGAAGACAGAAGUAUGUGAGAAGGCAGAGCUGACCUGGUGGCAGCAAUAAUGUCAUUAGUUGAGAACCUAAAGGUAGGUAGUAAUGUCGCAAUUCACUAAAAGAAUCACUAAAUUAUCAAAAUGACUGAUCAAAAAUAAAUUACUUUAGGUAAUAUUGGCCAGUUAGUUUGCUUACACUUUGUACCUCCGUCCACUGAGGUGAGAUCUCAUCCCUUGCCUUUCCAUGCAACAAGGAGUAACUGCAUAGGUCUACAAUAGAGAUUCACAGUUAACUAGGAAAGGAAUGUUGACGAGAAUUUAUCAUUUUGGCAGCAUAUUCGAGAGAUACAAUUGAUCAUGUUGUAAAUAGUAACCAGAACAUCUAAGCUAUGUCUUUGUCUUUGUAUUAUUUAACUCCUGUACUAUUUUUGUAAUAUAUGUAUUUUGUAAAAUUUGUAUUUUUUUCUUUUUGAUGGCACUAUGUGUUGAUUUGUAUGUGGUUAUAGCUUCUUUCAAACAAUUCUGGUUGCAUACAUUUUGCUUACGUUAUGUGGUGCAACAGGCCCAUUCACCUCGUCUCUUUUUUGAUACUCACUUAGGGACCCUAAAGUCAUAAAUGUUAAAAUUCUAUAAAUAAUGGCAUACAAAUGUACAUAACACAUUACAUUGCUUAACAAAUAAAGUCAUUCUGAUGUUGC